AUGGAAAGGAAUAUGAUUGUAUUAUUUUUUAUUAUAUCUACGCUCUUAUGUGGUGCAAUUAAGCUUGGCAUUUUGGAAAGUGAUCAAAAUCUUGUGCAUAUAUGCAAAAUGGCCAUAGAGGAUGGUCAAAAUGCUGGACAUUGCACUGCUAAUAUCAUCCAGAUACAAGAUGCUGCGACAUGUAUGAUAAAUAAUCCGGCAAAGGGUACAGCUAAUGCUAUAGCUUUUCACUUUCAGGAACACGUAGAGGCAUUCGUUAAUUCGAGAUGUGAAAGUGAAAUAUUAGAAAUAGCUGGCUUAGCUCGUUUCUGGAAUUCUCCAGUUAUGAUACGAGCUGUUACAAAUCCCAUUAUCAGUGAUCAGGAUCUAUAUCCCACCGUUGUUCAAUUUGGUCGUACAUCUGCGCUUGAUUUCACAUAUGCGAUAAAAUCACUUACUGAUUAUCUCAAUAUUACUUCGGUAGUUCUGGUGAGUUCUACUGAAAGCAGCUUUGACCAUUACUCCAUUGUAGCUGGAAUCGAACAAACUGCAAAACAACAACGCUCAUUUAGCAUAGAGAAAUUCAUUGAAAUUGAUGAAAAUGUGCUGAGAGAAAAUAAAAUUAUUGCAGAAGAACUUAGGACAGCCACAAGUACAAUCAUUAUUGGCGAUGAUUUCAACGAUCUUGGAAUGGUUCUUCGUAAUCUGGAAAUGAUUUCACUCAGCGAUGAUCAUUAUAUGAUAAUUUUGAUAUGUAAUCAAAUUACUGAAAUAUGUACAAGCUCAAUUAAACAUAUUGUCGCUGAUGCUAGUAUUAUUAUUUUAGCUCCAAUAAUUGAACAGUAUAAAGUGAUGGUCGAUAAGCUUAGAGAACGGUUCAAUUUCACAAUAAAAGAGGAGGAAAUAGAAAUGUAUGUGACAAUGUAUGAUGCAUGUUAUGGUUUCUGCUUUGGUACACGACAUAGCUCAGCUGUGAAUGGCAAGAAAUUUGCUCAAUCCAUGAGAAAUCAGCAUUUCACUGAUAUAUUUGGGAAUAUCACGUUAGAUGGAGCAGGAAAACGUUUACAAAAUUAUGCAUUUCAAUGGUUGCCAUCAAGAAAUGAUGAAUUUCAAAAGGUUAUGACAUUAUCAAUGAUUGAAGCUCAAUGCACACAUGGAAACAAAUGCUUUGAUUUGGAAAUACAAAUUACAAAUGACGAAUUCUGGAACAAAUACAGAAAUGUUACCAUCACAAGAUGCAUUAAAUGCAAGAAAUCUUUCUUGUCUACUAUUGCCAUGGUGGUUAUAAGUUGUGCUAUUGUCGUAGUGCUCUGCUUAAUCGGCUUUUAUUUAUAUAGAAAAAAGAAGCAUAUGGAAGCAUAUCGAAUGAUGUGGAAAAUUUCAAAAGAGGAUUUAAAAGUUAUUGAAACAAAACGGUCUAAAGAACAUGCAAUAAGUGAUAACUUAAGUCAUAAACGUCGACAAUUGGAUUCAUAUGCACUGGUUGGUACUUUAAAAGCUGAAUUUAUGUGUUUCAAACAGUAUAAACGAAUUCCAUGGAAUAAAGCGCAAUUGAAAUUCCUUUAUGAAUUGAAAUCAUUGAAUCACAACAACUUAACAAAUUUUAUUGGAAUUUGCUACAAUGAUUUGGAUCGUUUUUACGUGUUACAUACGCUGAUCGAACGUGCGUCGCUAGAAGACUUCAUCUAUGAUCAACAAUUCAACGUGGAUGAUACAUUCAAGUGUGCAUUUAUCAGGGAUAUCUUAAAGGGAUUACAAUAUUUGCAUAAGUCAUCGAUUGGAUAUCAUGGAUUGUUAUCAUUAAAAACGUGUAUGAUUGAUACGAACUGGGUUCUUAAAUUAACAAAUUUUGGAAUUUCAACUAUGUUGAAUGAAUUAAUUGAUCAAAAUUAUAUACGUACUAUAGAAUUAAUUCCUCAACAAUUUUACAUCACAGUUGCACCGGAAUUAUUAAACGGUAUUCAAAUUGGAUGGAACUUUCCAAAAGGAACCGCUGUUGGAGAUAUUUAUAGCUUCGGAAUGAUGCUUUAUUCAAUUAUUUUUCGAAUUAAGCCAUUUGAUCGACUUUCACUGAAAGAAGUACUUCAUAAUGUUGUUCAGAAAUCAUUGCGACCACAGAUUGAUAAUGAUAACGGUGAUCCGUUAAUUACAUUAAUGUGCCAAUGCUGGAAUUCAGUGCCAGAAGAACGACCAAAACUUGAAAAUAUUCGUCAAACCAUUGGAACAAUUUUUUCAAAUUCAAAAGGUAACUUGGUUGAUCAAAUGAUUAAAAUGAACGAGAAAUAUGCACAAGACUUAGAACAUAUCGUUGCGGAACGAACUUCACUUUUAGUUGAAGCACAAGAACAAACCGAUCGUUUACUUUGCGAAAUGCUACCACCAUCUAUAGCAGCACAACUCAAAGCAGGCGAAACAAUCAUUCCACGAAAUUAUGAAUCAGUUACAGUUGGAUUCUGUCAGAUUGUUGAAUUUAUGUAUUUGAUGGAGCAUUGCACACCUGAGCAGGUCAUUUCCUUUUUAAAUGAAGCCUUCAUGACUUUCGAUGAAGUAAUCAAAUGUCACGAUGCUUAUAAAGUUGAGACGACAGGUGAAACAUACAUGAUGGCAUCAGGAGUACCAAGGGAAAAUGGUGGUCGGCAUAUUUUUGAAAUUGCUGAAAUUGCACUUAAAAUACGGGAGAAAACUUUCGCUUAUAAGGUCACUGCUGCCCCAAACUGGCAUCUUCGUGUUCGUAUCGGUUUUCAUUGUGGUCCAAUCGCUGCUGGUGUUAUCGGUUUACGGUCACCAAGAUACUGUUUAUUUGGUGAUACGGUAAAUUUUGCCUCUCGAAUGCAAAGUAAUUGUGAAGCUAAUCAAAUACAAGUAGCUGAAAGUACAGCAAAAAUUUUAAUGGAAAAUUCCAAAUAUAAUCUUACAAAACGUGGAGUAGUACACGUAAAAGGCAAAGGUGAUGUAAAUACUUAUUGGUUAAAUGAACUUAUCCUAAAUAAACAACAAUAUUAA